AUGUCGCGGGACCGGAACCACCGCGGCAACCGUCGCAAAAGGAGCCCGCCGGCGCGGGGCCAGUCGCAGGAUCGCUCCAAGCGCGGGCCGGCGAGCGAGUGGGCCCGCUCGCCCGGCGGCUCCUCGGCUCGCGACGACUCGGCCGCGGCGGAGGAGCGGGCGGAGAACCACUACAUGGUGCGGGUGGGCGACCGCUUCGACGGCGGCCAGCUCGAGGUCGUGCGCGAGCUCGGCAAGGGGACGUUUGGCCGCGUCGUCGAGAUGAGCGAGCGUGGCAGCGGCGCGCUCUGUGCGGUCAAGGUGGUGCGCGCGGUGAGCAAGUACCGCGACGAGGCGCAGGUGGAGGCCGACAUCCUGCGCGAGGUGCAGGCGCGGCUGCCUUCCGACAGCGCCGUCCCCAUCUGCCGCCUCCACCGCACCUUUACCGAGCGAGGCCACUUUUGCAUCCGCGGGAACCCGACUCUGGCGCUCCUCACAACGUCAGGCUCGUCUCUGUACGACGUGCUGCGCCGCCGCCGGAGGCAGCUCGAGGUGGGCGGCGGCCGCUCGGGCGUCGGCGCCUACUUUUCGCUGCCGCGCGUCGCAGCCAUCGGCGCGGACUGCUUCCUCGCUCUGCGGUCGGAGGCGCACGUGCGGUCGCAGCCGCGCUUGCGCGACGUCCUCUUCGGCCCGCGGGAGGCGAGGCGGGGCGGCGGAGGGGAGGACGAGCCGCCGGGCGGCGCGCGCGAGCUGCAGCGGCUGUACGAGCUGCUACUCGGCUGCCUCGAGCCGCUGGCAGGCUGGUCGCCGAUGCCGCAGCCGAUGCCGCAGCCGGGACGACGGCGGGAGACGGCUCAACGGCGCCAUGGCCGGUGGUCACGCAGGCAGCGCCCACUGCAGCUGCUCUAA